AUGAAAUACGUCCGACAGCACGCUCACAAGUUUACAUGCGGUCGCGUUUCCGGCUACAAAGCCGCCUACACGCUGCCCGUGUUUGUGACGGUGGUGAUCAUUUCGCUGUGGAUCAAUACAUGCCACUUGCAAUGCCUUGGACUUGCACACGUCGUGCUGCUGACGAAAUUGGUAUUUCUGUUGGCCGUGCACGAAUUGCUUCGACCCUUUUGUCUCUCGUUCAGGGACGUCUGUAUCUUGACAGCUCAUGUUGGUUCAGCAGCUAAUGUAGCCAUACUGCAGUUCGUCAGACGAGGGUUGCACCCAAAGUUCUUAGAGUGGACAAUCUGGUAUGAAUGGUUCCAGGCCAUCGCAUUUGCUGCUGGUCAACGGAACGGUGGCCACAUUCUAAAGAUGCCCAAUGCACUAGCAUUCCGACGCAAUUUCGAACUCAUUGGACGGUUGAUGGGGGCGUGGGCAUGCUUACGUCAUGGCAACGAACUUGAGAGCUUCCGUUACAACGGACUUGAGCAUCUGUGGUUACGUUCUAGAUCCAACAACAAGAAGACAACAAACAACAAGAGACGGAUCGUCCAGAGCCAACUUCGAGCUGUUUGUCAAGAGUCUGAUUCUUCCAUGGACGUACAGAUCUUGCUGGCGAACUAUCGAAAGCUGCCUGAGGUCUCACCUCGAAACAUCAUUAUUGCUGGUGACAGCGCUGGUGGUGGUUUGGUGCUUGCUACACUACUGAGACUACGUCGAACAGGACGCGAGAUGCCUCUUGCAGCAUUGUGCAGUUGUCCAUACGCAGACUUGUCGUCCGACGUUGUCGUGUCAGAGCAUUGCUACAUUUCCAAGUCCAUGUUGGAUGCUAUCCGAGACUUGUGUGUCCAGACAACUCCGAGGUCUUUGUGGUGUGAAGGUGCCAUGUUGCAGACAGAUUUACGUGGACUACCUCCGCUGUUCAUCCAGACAGCAGAGUUCGACAUUUUACACAAACAAUCACUCCAACUUGCCAAGAACGCCCAAUCUGGUGGUGUGCACGUGGAAUUGGACGUUCAUGAGCACAUGCCUCACGUCUUCACUCUCUUCCCUCACUUCAUCAUGCCACAGUCGUCGGUGGGUAUUGAAAGACUCGCUGCUUUUGUCUUACGGCAGGUAACAGCUUAUCAAGUACCUGUCCAACUACCGAUGGCAGCUCCAGCAUUCUGA